AUGAGCCACCUUGAUUUACUCUACGCUGCGAUUGCUUGUUUGGUGUACAUUGGUGUCAUGCCACGACCUUUUCUAUAUUGGCCGGGAGUGAUAUGUGUCUGGUUUUGGCUAAAGUCGCGGAUAGUCAUACAAGAAAGCAUUCUUGCCAUGAAAGAUGUUGGUAUUCAGGUGCGUACGGUGUACUGGGGUGGUCGCACUGUAUCACGGUUUAUCGAUCGACGCAAGAUCCACGAUAUCAUCAUCAACGAAGGAAUCACCAUGUGGCAGAUCAAGUCGUAUAUGGCCAUCAUUGUCAAGAAUCAGGAGCAUAUGAUUGUUGUCUUUGAGCAUCUAUUACCAAGAUUACGCCCUACUCUUCUCGAAGCCUAUGCUGGUACACGAGCUAUCAUCUUUCCUCAUGCUUUCGAUGAUUAA